UAACAAUAAGAUCAAAAACAGGUUUAAAUGAAAAUUACAAGAAAAAUCAUUUUGAGGUCAUGACGGCGGUGGAAAGGACUGGUCUUCUGUAGACGUGACGUAACGAAUUCAAAAUUACAUUUUGGUUUAUCUUGUGUUUACACACAACUAUGGUGCUACUGGAGUGGGCGCUAAGCCUACAGUCUACAUUGUUUUAUGUAAAUCUAACAGAUAUUAAUUGUGAAUUAAAUGACAGAGCUGUUUAAUAAUUGAUGAUACUGAAUGAGAGAAAAUUAUUUGUUUCACGAAUUACGCCCUCGUCGCGUCGCGUUGCGUCUGUGUGAUACUUAUUUGACAAACGCGUUGUUAGUUGUUAUAAAGUUGGGAUCUGCUAAUUGUGGCUUGGCGUGGGUUACAGGGUAAAUCAACGCGUGGGGUGCCGGCUGUGGGCUUGGCGUACACAAAGUAAAUGUUUUGAUACUUUGUGUUAUUCUGCAUAUAACGUUUUGCUAGAUUAUCGAGUUGUGUGUUCAAAUCAAGAUAAAAUUUAAUGUUCGUUGGAUGUAAACAUGGUUCAAAUUCGGUAUACUCGCAAUUUAUUCUUGCGUGGUAUGAGUGUUGUAUACUUAUUUGCUUUUACGUCGUUUUACAUCCAAAUACCUGGUCUAUAUGGGAAUAAUGGUGUGCUUCCGGCAAGAACACAGUUGGAUAGUAAAGCGAAGACCCUAAGUGCCAGAAUACACACAAAGCCUACGUUGUUAUGGCUGGCCCCUUACAUUGGUCUUGACACAGAAUACAUGAUGGAUGUGUUGGCACUACUGGGCAUCUUCCUGGCAUUCACAGGGUUUGUCUCGCAGAAGUUCUGUACUGCUCCGUCGUUUGCGGGCCUGUGGUCCCUCUACUACUCGUUAUACCAAGUGGGGCAGACUUUCAUGUGGUUUCAGUGGGAUGUCUUGCUGUUGGAAGCAGGUUUCCUAUCAAUCCUGGUGGCGCCAUUGCGCUACCAAUCCCAUUUAAGACGCCGAGCAGCGACUGCAGCUCCUAGUGAUUCUAUUUCAUUCUGGCUUGUUCGGUGGCUGUUGUUCCGGUUGAUGUUCCAGUCUGGAGUCGUAAAGCUCUUGAGUUACUGUCCCACCUGGUGGGGGCUUACAGCUUUGUCAAUUCAUUUUGAGUCUCAGUGUAUUCCAACGCCGCUGGCCUGGUAUGCCCACCACUUGCCAAGAUGGCUUCUCAAGCUUUCAACAGCUUUCACUUUUGUUGUUGAAAUUGGGUUGCCUCAUCUGUUUUUCUUCCCUGUUCGCUCAGUACGGAUUGUCGCUUUCUUCCUUCAGGUCUUACUUCAGAUAGCAAUUAUUUUGACAGGCAACUACAAUUUCUUCAAUAUCCUUACAAUUGUACUCUGCAUCUCCUUACUGGACGAUGAUGUCUUUUAUCGCAGGAGGCUGCAGAAAGGUAAACAAGAUGUGUGGUGGAGUGGUCUAGUUAGCAAGUUGGUGAAUGUUGCUGUGUACGGAGGUGUGCUGUAUGCCACAUACAUCUUGUUCUCAGUAAGAAUAAGCUCUUCAUGGGCUAUUGAAUCUGACGUGGCAUUCACAAAGCAGGAGUUAGACUGGGUGCUGUCACGUGUCGUUCCUGGCUCUGUGUACCUAGGCUUUGUCUCCUUGAGUCUAAUAGUGGCUGAAGCUCUGACUGUGUCCAUCUUGGAAAUCCCUGGAAUUUUCAGCAAGAUUCAAACUAUCUUAACCACGCUAUUCUAUACUGGAGUUGCAGCAUUUGUCUUUGGCAUCAGUCUUGUACCUUAUUCUAGCCUUCAUCCUGCUGGCAACAGUACCGUGAUCCCCGUCCUCCAUCACUGGCAUUCACGUCUGGACCAUUUGCAUCUCGCAAAUUCAUAUGGCCUCUUCCGAAGGAUGACCGGUGUCGGAGGACGCCCAGAGGUUAUUUUGGAGGGCAGCAACCACAUUGAUGGACCCUGGCUUGAGUACAACUUCUUGUACAAGCCAGGCAAUGUCAACUCUACUCCCUCGUUUGUUGCACCCCAUCAGCCACGUCUGGACUGGCAAAUGUGGUUUGCUGCCCUGGGGACAUAUCACCAAAAUCCAUGGAUUAUGAGUCUGACUUACAGGCUUCUUCAAGGUCAACCCGAAGUACUUCAACUAAUUGAUACAUCACGGAAUCCAUUUCCAGCUAAGCCACCCAAGUAUAUCAAAGCCAGUCUGUACCAUUAUCACUACUCGGCAUGGUCGCAGAGGUGGUCUGGCCCUUGGUGGACGCGAGAGAAAGUCGGCGAAUACUUACCAAUCUUUUCACGCGACCACCCGCCAUUACUCGACUAUCUGCGUAACAUCAAAAUCCUGACUGGAGCUUCGCAAGAGGGCACAGAUUCCGGGUCACACGUUGCUCCCUGGCUGAAGGCGCUCUUAGAUCGUCUUCGAUAUCUGGUAUCUCUUGUCGAACCCAGCAUCCUCCUCUGGUCCAUUUUCAGUGCGGGAUGUGCAAUCAUCACUACUUCCAGUACCACAGGUUCUACUGUGACACGGAGAUAGGCACAUUUUAGAUUUUCAUUGUCAUUUCUUGGGGCUUCUGUUUGCACUUUGGUCAUAAUAUUGGCUGGUGUGCCAGUGUUUUGAUCAUCUUGACUGUCUUUAUUUUAAUGAUCUGAAAUGGCUUGACCCUGAAGGUGGAAAAAGCCAAAAUUCCUUAAAUAUUUUCAAACUACCAGCCAUAAACAUAUUUUUGCCAUCUGAAAGUGCAAACACUAGCCUCUACCGCCAGGAUCGCUGAACAGCCAUUUUCAGUCGAAAGUAAAAGGGAUUUCCUUGUAUUACUAUAAUACGGUGGUGGAUAGGACAGUUGGCGAUGAUAUUAAUUGCGGGCAAUCCUGCAGAGUUAACUUCCUACUUCUGUGAUUGUCACGAUUGCUCAUACAUUUCCUGUCUCUGAAGUGUUAUAAGAGCUUUGAGGGCUGACUGAUUUCUGAUUCUUUUUGUGCAUUAUUCCUGUUUUUGAUAUUCAUUAUUUUUGUUUCUGAGAAAGUACCAUUAUUGUGUUCCUAUACAGGAGUGAAUUCCUUUUUUUUACCUUUUCCUCCUAUAUAUCUGAAUGUAAGAUAUGUGAAUGUGUUUUUUACGCGCAGUAAAAUAUCAGUUCGCUGAAUGUCCGCAGUACAGAUUCACGUUACUAUGCAUACUUUCAGUAUGACUUUUCUAAUCUAAAGUCGUGAUAAGCUUAAUAUUUGCAUCAUAAGUUUGCCGUUUGCUUUGUCUAGGAGCGGAGCUUUUGCGUUAACUGUCGGCUUGGUUAAAACUUGGAAAAAUGAUUUCUUACUUUUGUGGUAUGUGAUUCAGUGGUAAUUCAAGAUAAGUGAUCAGAUAAAACGCGUCGUUAGCCACCUAGUUGAGGCUUUUGUGGAGGAGGGAGUUUCUGAUAUUCCAAAACAAGAUGUUAGCCAAACCUCGACUGUUAACAUGCUUUAGUUGCUUACAUGAUCACAUUUAGAGUGCUACAUCACAUUUUUGUUGUGUGUGUAUGCUAUGCUGUGAUUUGUGCGUUAUGGAAGAUGAAAUUUGUGACUGUGCUGUAGGCCAGCGUCGUAUAACUGGUUUGCCACCACAAGGAUUCAGGUGUGCUACAGAUUUUUCUAAGAAAUUGUAUAUUUGCAUGUUAUAAUUAGAAAAAUGAUAUACCAUAUCUUAAUUAGAAUUCUUUACACACACGCAUGUUCACCAUUGAUUGUUUUAUUUAUUGUGUGUAAUUUUUUUAUGUGUGCCUGCGUUCUUAUAGGGCAAGAAGAAAAUCAUUGAAAUUGGUACAUGAAAUCAUUUUCUCACAAAAAAUGGUGGAACAGUCAAAGAAUAGGUUAUGCUAUUUUUCUGAUUCUUGGUACAAAACUGGUCCUUGGGUGUGUCUGUGAGAAAUCUUUAUCUUGUUGACCUUGUUACCUUUCUGUCAGCCGAAAGAAAUUUUUGGACCUAGGACAGUGUUAGCGAUAUUAUUUCUUUCUGUGUUUAAAAAACACGUACUCUUAAUGAAUCGUGUGACUACUAAAAUAGCUUUACAGAAGUUUGGUAAGACUUUGAGUUGACAGUUCUUUCAAUCUGGUAUAUAAAAAACAUUGCAAAAAGCAUGAUGAAAUGUCAGAACCAUUAAAUUGUUAGGUGCUAUUUGCUACUUGGUCUAGCAAAAACUCCCUUUUUUUGGAGGCCAUCUGGAAAAUGUGCAGAAUACCAUUGUCACAGUAUGAUGAAAAACUUUGUAUUCUCUUGGAAUCGUCAACAGUUUCUUUAUUGGCAUCUCUCUUGACAUCCAGAAUGACCUCGUUGUUUCCAUUUCAAUCACGAUGUUGAACAGAAUAAAAGGAGUUCAAACAAACUUCCUUUUUUGAUGAAAUAUUCUCGGACUACAAGCCACGUCAGGUGGCUGAACGGUGAACACACCAAUUCUUGUGCCAACAUUUCGAGAAUCAUCUCUGUUCUCAUCCUCAGGGUUGCUGGGUAAGGAUGAGAACAAAGAUUGUUCUUGAAACAUUGGCAGAAGAAUUGGUGUGUUCACCGUUCAGCCACCUGACGUGGCUUGUAGCCCGAGAGUAUUUCAUCAACUUUAGUUGCCACAAAAGCUUCACUUCAUACAUGAAACUUCCUUGAAUUGAAGAUGUGGUUAUAGGUGUAUCUGGAAAAUCCAAACUUCAAUAAUUUCUUCUUCAUUAUAUGAUUUUUGGUGACAUUGUACAGGAAUGAUUUAUCAGAAUUUUAGAUGUUAGUGGAGAGUACUCUGCUGCAUCCUUAUCCAUGCAUGUGUUAACCAAAUUAAUUAAUUUCAGUGCGCGAAAUACUAGUAGCUCAAACUUUGGACAGUGCAGCAUAUUGGACUGCAAGAAUUAAUUUGCCAUGAAACAGCUUCUUUCAUGCAUUGUUUUUCUCACCAGUUGAACUUUGUGCAAAGAGAGUCAAUUGAAUGUAAUCCAGAGUGUAAAGGUUACUUGGAAACAUUGUCUGGUUUUGCAA